GCCUUCCUUUUUAAAACGUGCAUGUGCGUGGUAGUCGCAUGAAAACGCGUUUUCACAUAUAUACAUAAAUAUUGUUAAAAAAAAUAAGAUAAAAAAAUGCGAAUUGAGAAGUGUUAUUUCUGCUCUGGACCUGUAUACCCCGGGCAUGGGAUGAUGUUUGUACGGAACGACUGUAAGGUAUUCAGGUUCUGUAAGUCGAAAUGUCACAAGAAUUUCAAGAAGAAGCGUAACCCCAGGAAGACCAGGUGGACGAAGGCUUUCAGAAAAGCAGCCGGCAAAGAGUUAACAGUGGAUAACUCGCUUGAGUUUGAGAAGCGCAGAAAUGUGCCAGUGAAAUACCAGAGAGAACUGUGGAACAAGACGGUGGAGGCAAUGAAAAAGGUGGAAGAGAUCAAACACAAGCGGCAGGCGCGGUUUAUCAUGAACAGACUGAAGAAGGGCAAGCAGUUGGAGAAGGAAGAGGCGAUCAGCGAAGUGAAGAAGAACAUUCACCUCAUCAAAGCACCACAUGCAGGGAAAGCCAAGAAGCUGGAGGAAAAGAUGGUGGAAAAAUUGCAAGAAGACGUGGAAAUGGGUGAUGAUUAGGUGCUGAUUGCUGCACAGCCCUCUCAAAUUAAGGCAAGCUGGAAAAAAAAACACACACACACAAAACCCUGCAGCAGUUCUUUGGUCGUCCUUAAAGACUUCUUUUCAGAAAAACGUAUGCCCCUGCACAAGCUCACUGUCUUAACGUUAAUGCAGAAGAAAUGAGACGACCUAGUACCCGUUGCUUGAUCUUUUGAAAAAAAAACGCCUGUGAGUUGAACACAGUGAAGGAAAAAAAAUGCCUGCAGCCAGAUGUGUAGAGCAGAGUAAUGAUUUCGCUCUCAAUCUCCCCAUAUGGUCAUGAUAAAUUUGCUGUCACAUAAAUGUUCUUAAUAAAAAUACUUCUGUGGAGAAA